UAAAAGCCGCAUCAUCGGGCGCUGCCGCUCACAUCCCCCCACCGGGACAGCAGUUACCUGUUGGUGGUGUGAGGGCGGCGUGCAGGCACAGUGAGGUGCAAAGGUCGGUGGGCAGCUGAUCAGAGAUGCCGGUGCAAAUCCCGGACGAUUCGGACUUCUGUUCGUUCAGAGAGCAGUGCCUGAGCACGGAGGGCUGGACCAGCCGCUACAGCAAGGGAGGGGUGACGGUGUGGGGGCGCGAGGAGGACAGCAGCACCGUGCAGAAGCUCAAGAUGAGGAUAGUCUGUAAGGACGUGACAGCAGAGACAUUGUACGACGUCCUCCAUGACACCAGCUACCGGAAGAAGUGGGACACCAACAUGAUCGAUACGUAUGACAUCGGCAGGCUGACGGUCAACGCAGACGUGGGAUAUUACUCCUGUUAGUUCCUUUACUGAGCGGUGAUGUAAUACACGCCAUAAAACACUUCAGCACAGCACCAGAAUGGUGAGACAGGCAGAGGGAACAAUAAGGUGAAUGGUGGACAAAGACCGAAGGGAAUAAGAGGGAGUAGCAACUGAUGUUGUGUAAGUGGAAGUAGGGAGACCCAGUGAUGUGAUUUAACAUUACACUGAAAUGACAGGUAUAAAAGACACUCGGUUGGGCCCU